CCUGCGUGAUAUAUGAUUACAGGGACGCUAUUUAUCGCGAUCUAUCGCCCGCGUUCUCGCUAAUAGCCCGAGAGGCGGGACGGAGAGGCAGGGGAAAGCCUCUCUCAGGAGUUUGCCAGCCUGCGUAAGCGCGGUCUGCUGCGUGCUCGCGGCGAUACGGAAGUGAAUUGAUAUCUCGGCGAUUACAUUACAUAAACAGACGUCACACGGCACACUCGGGGCGAUACGUUUUUGUUUCCUCCCGCUCUAUCGCGUUCUCGUAGCAGAAAUGCCGAUCGACUUCGCCGCGUUCGCGUACGCCGCCGCGGUGGCCGGCGGCGGGGUGUUAGGUUACGUGAAAUCGAAUUCCAUCCCCUCGCUGGCCGCGGGUCUCCUCUUCGGCUCGGUCCUCGGCUACGGCGCAUAUCAGACCUCCCAGGAUCCGACCAACGUCGCGGUCUUCCUGGGCACCAGCACGGCCCUCGGCGGCCUGAUGGGCUACCGUUUUUACAACAGCGGCAAGAUCAUGCCGGCCGGAGCGAUCGCCGUCCUUAGCGCCGUCAUGAUCGUGAGGACGGUCACGAGGUAUUUUGCGCCGCCCUUGAAGACCGAGUGAACGCCGACUGUGCAGAGCGCUGGAGGCACCGCAUUUAUUAAGUUUAACGUUUACGCGCGAGGGACGGGGAAUGCAAUUGGUAUAAUCGAACGAUUGAUAGGGAUUAAUGUUUGUAAAGAAAAUAUAUAUAUCUUUUUUUUCUCUUUGUCAAA